CGCCCCCCCCACGUACCGCGCCGCCGCCGCUGACGCCGCUGCCGCGACCACCGCUCCCGCAUCUGUUGCCUGGCUACGUUUAAAGGGUAAGUUAGCACCCUGCUAUCCAGGAGCGGCCGCUGGAUCCGCCCUCACUGCCUUGCUGUAAGCGCCGGCUCCGACCACUGCUGCAGGCUGAGACCCGCAGAGAUGGCUGCGCCUGCGCCGCCGCCGCGCGGCUGAAGCGGCGGGCGCGUCGCCGCGGCGCUGCCGCUCCGCCGCGGUGACUGGACAUGGGCCGCUCGGCUCACGGCGGCCGUGACGGGGCCUGAACGCCCCGGCCCUGCUCUACCAUGGACUCCUUCCUGCAGAUCGCGCCGCACUCGCUGGCCAUCGUGCUGUCCCGGCUCUCCGCCGCCGCGGAGGCGGCAGGAGCGGCAGGAGCGGCAGGCGCGGCGGGCGCGGUGACGGAGAGCGACGCGCUGCCGCGACACCACACCGGCUACGAGAUCUUCGCAGACUUCAAGGCGGAGAACGCGCAGCAGCACGUGUGGAGCGGGCUGGUGCGCCAGGCCGUGUCGGAGAUCUUCUUCCUGGGCUGGAUCGACGAACACGUGCUGCUGAUCCAGGGCAAGGAGGACCACCUGGAGGUGCUGCGGGAGGGCUGGAUGCGCAGGGCCCUGCAGCCGCCCCGGGGCUUCACCAUCAAGUACCUGGGUGAUGUGUCCCCCAUCAGUAUGUCCCCCAUCAGCCAAUCCCAGUUCGUCCCUCUGGGAGAUGUCCUGCUGUUGGCUAUCUCUGCUAUGAACUCCGCCCACAAACCUGUCACUCAGGAGGCUCUGACGGAACAUCUGCAGACAUGUUUCCAAGGUGUUCCCACCCCAACAGAGGAGGCUCUGCACCACACUCUGAGCAUGCUGGUUCAUGAGCGUAAGAUCUACCCAACAGCUGACGGAUACUUCAUUGUGACCCCUCAGACCUACUUCAUCACUCCGAGCCUGAUCCGAACGGGCUCAAAGUGGUACCACCUCGACGAGCGAUCAGCCGAUCGACAUCCGCACCAGAAACAAGAGCAGAAUCAACAAACGCAGUGCACCUCCCCCCUCUCUGGAACCAUCACCCCUUCCACGUCCGGGGGUCUCCGGGAUCGAACAUUUCCCAAGUCCAGUAAAAACCACUCCGGAGGAGGGGAGGACAGUUUUUACAAUAGCAGUUCCCGUGGAGACGACCCGCCGAGCCACCACGCCACCCUGCAGCAUCGAUCUCCAAAAGACCACAGAGAGUCCCCAGUGACUCCCCCUCAGCAAGGAGGAGGCACCUCGGAGAAGAGCCGGAGCACCCUUGGGUUCCCGUUCAAGACGGACACGCUCACAAAGCACCGUGGGGGGGCCACUGGGGGGGCUGGAGACUUGGAAAAACACACGGGAAAUGGUACGGGAAGUCGGAAGUUUGGACUGAAGUUGUUCCGUCUGAGUUUCAAGAAGGACAAGGCCAAGCAGCUGAGCACCUUCUCUGCUCAGUUCCCCCCGGCGGAGUGGCCCCUCCGGGACGAGGAGGUGCCCAGCCAGCUGCCGCGUCAGAUCGAGAUGGAGAUUAUCCGCAGAAUCAACCCUGACCUAACCGUGGAGAACCUGGCCCGCCAUACAGCUGUCAUGAAACGACUGGAGGAGGAGCGUGCUCAGAGGAGCAAAGCGUCGUUGGCCAAUCACAGCUCCAGGAGCAGAAGGAGUGGGGGUCGACACAGGAAGCACUCUCAGACCAAACUCAGCCGCUCUCACAGCAAGACGAGGCCAUUACGAUUUGAACCGGCUGAUGGUUCCCACCUGGAACUCUGUGACGGGGACCACAGAGGUUACUCCUCCUCCCUGGCUCGGUCGCCACGGGAACAAGCCCUCGCCAUGGAGCGGCAAAGGGCUCGGCUCCACCUUGCCCAAAGCAUCCCCAAUAUCCUGGACUCGUCCCACCUGCCCGUUACACCGGAGUGGGACGUUUCUGGAGAGCUUGCCAAGCGACGCACUGAAAUUCCGUUUCCUGAGCCGAGCCACGUCCCAUCCCUCUACCACUCCAAAGUCCAUCGCUCACACUCCCACACCCAGGAAAGGAGGUCCAGGAAUGAACGUAGCAGCAAGGCCAAGGAGCGCUCCAGAUCCAUGGACAACUCUAAAGGACCACUUGGCGCCGGCCUGAUUGGGCCACCUGAUUACUACGGCAACCGGAGUCGUUACUACACUGACGACGGCACCCUAAGAGCCAAUCAGAGCUCUUCCCACUACACCCGAACCACUCCGUCUACAGCAAAGGUGCCACGGGAUCCGGUUGGGUUGGACAGUGGCAGAAACUUUGAGAAGAGCAAAAGCAGGGACAGUUUACCAGCGUACUCGCCCAAGCUGGUGCCGCCCUCCAUCCCUGCUGACGAUUACUUCCAGUGCUCCGGCAGCUCCAAGGUUCCCCUCGCAGCAACAAACACAAUGGGAACUCUCUGCAAGAACAUCCACGAAGGACUGAAUCCCAGCAGCACUGACAGGCAGGCUGACAGACAGGCAUCCCAACCCCCGGAAAACAAAGAGGAUUUGUCAAGGGGUGGACCUAAAGCGAGCAGCCUGCCUCCCAUACCUCUCUCCAUACCUGAUCCCUGCGCCUUCAAUGGACGACCUCCCAACGGUGCCUCAUCUGGUCAGGAAAAGCAUAAGGACCUAUUUGAUACAGACACACUCCUGGAAGCUCCUUCCAGCCUCCCCACAAUCCCUGACUAUAGCUCCUUGAGAAAACCUGCAGCUCUCUCCUCAACUCUGUCGUCAGCAUGCGAUGCUCCCAAACCGCUGGUGGCAAUGCCAUGUGGUCCCACGCAGGUCAACGAGCCCCUCUCCACCGCCCCAGACGCUUCCUUUGACUACUAUAACGUCUCUGACGACGACGAACUGGAAGAGGGCGGGAGCAAAUGUCGGGGGGAAGCUGGAGGGGGGAAGGCCGGGAACUUGAAAGGAGGUGGAGCAGGGACCAUGCAGUGGUUGUUGGACAGGGAGAAGGCCAGGGAUCUACAGAGGAGAUUUGAAAGGACUCUUACCCUCUCUGGUGCUAAAGAGAACCUUCCAGAACCGAGCCAGGCCCAGCAGUCGGCCCACUCCGCCAGACUGGACAGUAUGGACUCCAGUUCUGUCACAGUGGACAGCGGAUUCAACUCACCACGAACCAGGGAGAGUUUAGCCUCCAACACGUCCUCCAUCGUGGAGAGCGCCCGGCGCCAGAACCUGGCCCUGAGUCCGGGCCUGAGUCCGGGCCUGAGUCCGGGCCUGAGUCCGGGCCUGAGUCCGGGCCACCGCGGCGGGAUAGCAGGAAGUGGAGCCCCGUUCUCCUUCCACAGCGUUCCGGAGCCCGCCGGCUCCCAGACGGAGAAGCUGCAGAAGCCCAGCAGCUGCCUGGCCUCCAUCACCAGUGUGUAGGGCGGUGCUGGAGCCACAGACGUAGAAACGUGUCCUCCCACCGAGCUGCUGUGAUACGUCAACGACGCCGCCAUAUUGGAUGUUC